AUUGGAUUAACCAACAAAAGCUAAGGUUUUGGGUUCAAAAACAUGUGAUCAAUGUGAUUCUCCAACUCAAAGAGAGAGACAAUAAGCCUUUUUCAGGUAAACAGGGUUAACAAGAUGAAAAUAACCACCAACAAGAGGAACACACACACAAAAAAACCGAAAGUUAAACUUUCAAUGCAAUUACAUUCAAAAAGUUGGUCAACAAUUACAAUUGUCUUUGGUUAAUGAUUAAUUGAGCAAAUUGAUUAAAUUGAUCUUUAAAUGGUUCUCCUGACUAGACUGAUAAUUGAGCAGAUGAUGCACAAUAUAACGGACAAAUCGGGAGAAGAGGAUGACCACUGGACAAGCGAGAGCCACAGUUUGACUGUUGAUGGAUAAGCUGGAGACAUUGGAUUGGUUCAAUUUUACCAAUACGUCAAUGAUUAAACCUAAUCUUGCAGCUGCAGGCAUUUUAACCCAGAAAAUGAUCGUUAGAUUUACCUACAAUCCUUGCAUGGAAAAUUCGAAAAUAUUCAAAAUUUAAACCUAAUCUAAACAAUUUAUUGAAUGGGUCAAGUUUGAUUUGUUUCAAUUAUUUGCCUAAAGCAUGGAAAAUGAAUCUGUACCUAAACUUAUUUUUGUGGUUGAAGUGCCCGAAGCUGAAAGAUUAAAAACCAUUGAGGUUUUGGUAGAGUUGAUCAAAUCAAGUAGAAAUAAUCUGUUUACUUUUGGACAUUGCGACCCAGCAAAGGCUUUGUUUUUGAAGGAGACUAAAGGUGAAAAAGAAGGAAGGCGGGGUUAAGGUGGAAAGAAAGAGAAGGUUAAGAAGAUCUAAAACCUGUCCUUAUCAUCUUGCUCAUUUAACCGCUCAAAAAUAGCUGCUCCCUCGACUCUCUCGUUCAACAAGUUGAAAAUUGUUUAGUUACAUUCACAUCUCUUCUCAUGACCGUCAUCAUCAUGGCUUCAUUUAGUAAUUUAUUUUUAUUCUGUAUAUCUUUGAUAUUUUUACCUUUUAUUCAAUCUUGUGGUUACCCCGGAAGCCCAGCUCAUGCAAAUGUUAAAUUUUCAACUGAAUUAAUCGACAAUGUUGACACUUUCCAAUCAGGAACAAUUGCUACAUAUACCUGUGACUCUGGCUAUGAUCUUCUCGGUCCUAACCGUAGGCAAUGUUUGGACAAUGGUACCUGGGUGCCCAAUGGAGUACCAUUUUGUGUUUUAAAUGUGGCCGUUGGUAAAGCGGCAAUGCAAUCAUCAACAUUUGGGUCAGGAAGCCCUCAAAAAGCCGUUGAUGGGUCAACAGGAGACACAUAUCAUUCACCAACAUGUACGAUGACCCAAAAAGAGCCCAAACCGUGGUGGUACGUCAAUCUUUUGGAACCAUAUCUAAUUCAAUUAGUGCGUAUUGACUUUGGACAAGGUUGUUGCGGUAGUCGUCCAGCCACAGUGAUUGUGCGAGUUGGAAAUAGUAGACCAGAUUUGGAUAAUAAUCCCAUAUGUAACAAGUUUACUGGUUACAUUGAAGCUGGUGCACCACUUUACCUACCUUGUGCUCGUCCAACUCCAGGUGCUUUUGUUUCUGUCCAUCUAGAAUCAAAUGGACAGGCUCUCUCAAUUUGUGAAACAUUUGUUUAUACUGAUCAUGCUCUAUCCAUUGAACAGUGUCCCUCCUUCCGUGAUCAACCACUUGGAUCUACUUCAACCUACAACGGAAAGUGCUACAUAUUUUACAAUGAUAAACCGAUGAAUUUCGAAAAUGCACGACGAUUUUGUGAUUUAAGAGGCGGUUCACUCGUCGAUGAAACAUCACCUGCACUCCAAGGUUUCCUUUCAUGGGAAUUGUACCGUCGUCAUCGAAGUGACCAAUAUGGACAAUAUUGGCUUGGUGCUGUCAGAGAUACUGCCAGUCCAAACAACUGGAAAUGGAUCAAUGGUAAAGAUGUUUCAAUCAGUUUCUGGUCUCAACCUCGACAAAAUUUCAACUGUUCACGAUUUGAUGGAACCAGAGGCUGGCUUUGGGCCGAUACAAAUUGUAAUUUACCCAUUCACUUCGUCUGUCAACAUCGUCCAUUGACUUGUGGAAGACCCGAAAUACCCGCUAAUUCAACAAUCUUGUAUCGUAAAGUUGAUAUUGGAUCUGUUGUGGAAUAUCGAUGUGGAUCCGGUAAUUUGCUCGUUGGACCAUCAAUGAGAACUUGUUUACCAACGGGUUUCUUCAGUGAAUAUGCACCCAAGUGUAAAUACCUUGAAUGCGGUUUCCCUGCGUCAAUCACUAAUGGAGAUUAUUCGUUUAUCAACGGAACACGGUCCUACAUGUCGGGUGUGCAAUACAGCUGUAAUGAAGGUUUCAUCGUAGUUGGCCGAUCUUAUCUUGUCUGUGAUAUUGAUGGUCGAUGGAAUGGGCCACCACCUCGCUGUGAACCAAUCCUGUGUCCAACAGCACCCUCAAUUGCCAACGGACAAGUGGCUCUUUCCAACAACAUGUCAAUCGUCAAAACUCGAGCCGUUUAUUCAUGUUUACCCGGCUAUGAACUUAUCGGUGAAUCCACUUUGAUUUGCAGUUCCAGUGGAUAUUGGGAAGGUCAAGUUCCUUUCUGCAAAAACAAGAAACCUUCAACUACAACAUCAACAACUACAUCAACGACAACGACAACAUCGACGACAACUUCAACGACAACAUCAACCUCAACAACUCCGGCACCUCCUUCAUCACCCAGCAUACGACGAAACAAUGUAACACCUGUUCGAACAUAUUAUUCUAGUCGAGAACCCUCAAGGCGACCACCUCAGAUUGCUCUGAUUCCCGAACUGUCAUCAACUCGCUCUCCGUCCACUACAAGGGCACAUUUAAACAGAUACACUUCGGUAUCUUCCUCUUCAUUACCAUCAUCAACCUCAUCAUCGCCGUCUUCUUCCUCGUCAGCUGUACCUUCUUCCUCCUCAGGAAUGACCGUAACUAAUAACAAUAAAAGGAUAACAGCACCCGUUUAUCCAACAACCUUGCCACCCACAAGCAACAUUAACAUUAAUAAUAAGAAAACAAUUGGACAUAAUGAUGAUAAGGAGAAUGAAAUUGAAGAUUCAGUCUAUGCAUCAAGUGGAUCCUCUUCAUCUGCAUCAGCCAAAUCGGCAAAUGUUAAGGCAACAGCAACUACUAAGCUUAACAUGGGAGGAAUUAUCGCCCUUGGAGUUUUUGGUGGAUUUGUUUUUCUUGCAGCUAUUGUUACAAUUAUAAUCAUCAUUGUUAGAAGAUUUAAAAAUAGCAGAAAUUCAAUCGAUGCUCAAACUAUCAGCACAUUUGACUCUAGUGGUGAUCAGAGUGGAUUUUAUCGUAAUUACAAGGAAUCAUGGGAAAAUUUAAAAUACGUCCGUCAUGCCAAUUCAUAUAAGCCUGGAAGUGGUUUAGGACGUUUGGAUGCUUUCGAUACAGCAUACCGCAAUCCUCGAACCCGAAGUGGAGUUGGUGGCCUGUGUAAUGAAGGGUUUCGUGAUACUGGAGAGAUAACAUUGAAUGCUGAUGUAGCUGCUCUCUAUUCAAGGCCGGACAAACGGUCUCGUGGCCAAUAUUAAAUUAAUUUAAUUUCAUUUAAAUUUCGACUAUCAAAUAAUUUGUCACCUACUUCAUCAUCAUUUGCAUUGUCAUUAUCAUCUUCAUCUACCUUUAAUAAUUUCCUUCCUGCCUCUCAUAUUGUAUACAAAUAAAUCCAUCAAAAAAUUUCUAAAGACUUUACUUAAGUAAUAAUUAUAA